UUUGGCGGUUUUUAUGUUUUCAUUUACGAAGACUCACCAUCAUGACAUUGCCGUGUAUCUAAGAAAGCUUGAUUUUGAUUUUUUCACUACUGUUUGAUGCAACACGAUGUAUAAUGGAAGAUGGGCACAGAUAUGCUGACCAGCUAGGCCAAAAUCUUUCUUUGAUCGAUCAUAAAGUCCACAAGCUUGUUGAUUUGCCUCUUCCUAGAGAUUUGGUGCAUUUAAAUCUUCAUUGCAAUGAAAUUGCUAGGAUCGAAAAUCUUCAUGGACUGAGGAACUUGCGAUCCCUUGAUUUGUCGUCAAAUGUCAUCGUUAGAAUCGAAGGUCUAGAAUAUCUAGAAAAUCUACAGUCACUUAACUUGUCAUGCAAUCAAAUCAAAGUUGUUGCCGGGUUGGGAUCUCUAAGGAAACUUGAAAAAUUGAAUUUAUCUUACAACAUCAUAGAUGAUCUAACUGGGUUGAAAGAUUUUCGAAGAAAUACUCAUGUGAUUAAAUUUGUUGACCUUCAUGGCAACAAGAUAACUUCCCUAGAUCAUUUGCUUGAAUGUAUUGCAAACUGUGGGACUCUUGAGCAUCUAACUUUGCAAAAGAAUGGAGACAGUAAUCCUGUUUGCAGUAUUCCUGCUUAUCGACCAAAUGUUUUUGCCCAAGUUAAAAACUUAGUGGCUUUGGAUGAAAAAGAUAAACAUGGAAAUGCUACAGUUCUUGGAAAUGUCCAACAAAUUUCACAUCCAGGCCUUGAUGAAUACUUGCAAUGGCUUGUGCAGUCAAACCCAAGUGAUUCUACCAGUGCAACUGUGUCGUCUGACUCCCAAAUUGAUGUCAAUACACCAAAAAUCGAUGAAGCUCUAGAGAGAUUUAAAGACAGAGCAAGGGCUCAGAAAGUUACAGAUGUAAUAUCAAAAUCACAGUCUAUGCAAAAUGAAAAUGAAGAGCAUAAACAAAAUGAAGUUACAGAUAGACUCCACCUUCUUGAGAAGCAAAUAGAAUCGUUGCUGAACUUGCAAAUCCAAAAGCAGAUGAUUCCUGAGAAGGACAUAGAAACAAUAACACCAACUUCAGCAUCAACAUCACCUGAAACUACAGGUACACAACAGCAGAAGCCAAGAGGCCUCACAAGAAGAAAAGCUCAUGCUAAAGAGUCUGCUCAUCGCGACUGUAAAAUAACAAAACGUGUGCCAGCUAUCAAAAGGAAUGUCAUAAGAGAAGUAAAAACCAGUAGUUCAGAUGAAGUAAAGAGAGCAGCAAGAAAAGUCAGAGACCCAAAAGAUGAUGAAGCAGCAUUGUUAAUGCUACAAGAGCUUGAUGAGGAGCGAGAACGACGAUGGAAGGCUGAACAAGCAGCUAGAAGACUAAUUAACACAGUUAAAGACAUGCAAGAAAAAGUGGCCGAAGAAAGAAAAUAUGCCGAGACUGCGAUUUCCACUAGCGCAAAAUUGAAGAGUGCUUUGGCCUUAGAGAAAGAUGAACGGACGAAGUGUGAGAAGCUUUUAGUCCUGGAGCAGACCUUUUUAACCCAGGAUAAAUGUGAGGAACUGAAAGGCGAGGUUGCAAAGCUUCGACAGUAUGAGAACGAGGCCAAGAAGAUUAUAAGUUCUUUAGAGGAAACUUCAAGGAAUUCAGACAGAGAAAGGUUAAAAGUGCAAGCACUGAAGGAUAAACAACUUCAAGAGGCCCAGUUUAAGGCCGCUGCCAUUACUCGCGAAGUCGAGCUUCUGCAAGAAAGCGAGAAGAAUUUGAAGCAGCGUGUCAGCCAACUGCAAGAGCUCUUAGCGAAUCGGGAACAAAAUCACAUAACGUCUUUGGAUGGUAUGGUGAAGCUUGAUGGGAAAGAGGUACGGGAUAUUGUGGAGAAAGAAGUAGCCAAACAAGAAGGAAGGUAUUCACAGCUGAUGCAACAAUACAAUGAAAGACUAGAAGCAAGAAAUAGAGAUUAUGCUUUGCUUGAAGACGAGUUUAGAGCUGGUCUACAGAUGGAGGCUAAUCGCUUCGGAGAGCUGCAAGGGGCGUAUUCAAAAUUGCUUGAUGAAAGUUCAGAAAUGCGAAGAUCGAUGCAGAUUUUAAAACAAAAAGAGUCCAAAGCCACAGCACUGGUGACAGAACUCACUUCCAUGGUCAAAGAGCAAAAAGGAAGACUGACAGAAGUUUCCAGAAACAAGCAAGAAAUGCAGGUUGACUUUAAGGAAAGAAUCCAGUUACUUGAAAAUCAGCUAGAAGCUUCUAGAAAACAACUCUCGAAAAUGGAAACUUUUCGGCAGGAUAAAGACAAGCUGCUGGCGCAAGUUAAGGCCCAGGAAUCUUUGAUUGAAGGGCUGCGUGCAGAAAGAAAACUCUGGGGCGAAGAGUUAGCUCAGCAAGGUGCAUCAUUGGCACAUGAUCGUGGCCGCCUGGAAGCUCAAAUAGAAGCCUUGACAAGUCAAGUGAAGCAGAUGAAACAGAGAGAGCAGGAGAACUUAGAUACGCUGAAGAUAAAGACAAAGCUCAUUGAAGAUCAAACAGACACAAUUAAGAACCUCAAACAGGAGUUAGCAAUUCAAAAAACAGAAAUAAAGAAAGCAAAAGAAGAUCUAUGGGCUGAAAGACGAGAUCUAGAACAAGAACUGAAAGAAGAAAAGAAGAAUUCAAACGAGUUUCAGGAGGUUGUAGAAGCUUUACAGUCAAGAAAGGAAGAGCUCAAAUCGCAGUUGGGAAUAUCGAAUAUGGAUCUAGAAAAGGCAAGAGAGGACCUCAGGAUUUUGAAGAAACAAUGGGACGAAAGGAGUCUAAUGAUUGAUCAGCUGGAGCAAAAGGUGGUUAAAAUGAAAAAUAACUUUGACAACAAAGAGAAAAACCUGAGGGAAGAGAGAGACGCUGCGUUAAAAACAGCAAACUUAACAAGAGAAAAACUGAAAACCUGUGACGAUUCAUUUCGACGACAGUUGGAUGAAAAUCAACGCAAUCAUGAUUUGAAACUGCGUCAAGUGAUUGCAAGCAAAGAUGACGAGAUAAGCAAAACAAAAGCAAAAGUGACAGAAGUUGAAGAUGAAAUGAGAGCGUUGCUAGAGGAAGCUGCCUUAUCAAAACAAAAUCUUGAAAUGAAAAUAAAACAGCUCGGUAAAGCUUUCUCUGAUGUUCAGCUCGACCUAGGGAGAUAAAAUUAUUUCAUCUCAAGAAAGGCUAGGUCAGAACUGUAAGGAUCCUACUGAUUUCGGUUGGUACUCCUGUUUGUUGAUCCUCUAUUUAAACUUUGGGGUGUAGAGCAGGACUGUUCUAAGUUGCAACUCCGAGUUUCCCGCUUAAUGUUAAACAUCAGGGGCAACUCUUGAAUUACUCACUUUUUGAGCAUGUUAUUGUGUUUAGUUGGUAUGCCCUAUAAUUCGCCUAUUUGUGUUGAAUAGUUACAUCAAGAGCCACGCUUCUGUUUUACAAGCAAUCCUUUUCAAUGAUUAAACUGGACGUGUCUGCUCUUUUCCCCUGAUUCCAGGGGCGUUGCGACCGGG